AGGCGAAUUAUGAUUGUGAUGUAUGUAAACAGUUUUUUUUUGUAAAAUCUCACUCUGGUUGGCCGAAUUUUUAUCACGACGAAGACAAUGUACAACGACUACUUAGCGACACAUUUGUUUUCCUAAGGAGAAACCAACAUUCCCGAUCGUUCGCAACCUCUUUGUUUCGUGUUUUACUAACCACGAAGUUAGAAAUACAAGUCAUAAGUUCAGGUCGCAAGAAACAAGAACAAAAUCAAAAACAUGAAGACCUCAACAUCAACAAAUGCUGCCGGUGAUGAGCCUACGCCCAGUAGCUCGUCAUCCAAGCGGCCCUUUGCUCCACCUGCAACUAAUGGCUCGGCUAAUGGUAAUGGAGUAGAAGACGACACGGCCUUAUCAAGACGAAACAAACGACAGAAGAGGGAAUGUCCCUACCUCUCGACAGUGAACCGCAACGUUUUAGAUUUCGAUUUUGAACGCGUUUGCUCCGUCACCCUGUCAGAUCAGAACAUCUAUGCGUGCCUAGUAUGUGGAAAAUUUUUUCAAGGUAUGAUUUCUCUUUCACCUUAUGUUCAUCAGUAUUCGACCAGGUGAGUCUAAUCUUACAUGUGCAUCUGCAGCUUUUUACAUUUAGUGGAAGUACUUAGAUGGAAUCACCUAAAAGAAGUACGAACCUUCCCCAAAUCCACCAUUUUUAGGUCGAGGACGAGGCACAACAGCGUAUCAGCAUGCCUUGGAGCAGCAGCAUUAUGUGUUUGUCAACCUAGAAUCGACACAGGCUUAUUGCCUGCCAGAAGACUAUGAAAUUACUGAUGCGAGCUUGAACGACGUGAAAUACAACCUGAAGCCAAACUAUACCCAGGAACAGGUAAAACUCUCCUCUGGCUUUGUGAUCGUACGACUAGGAAGAGGAAAUACAGCAAAUGAAGUGGGAGGCGGGCAUAAUGGAUGGCGCUGCCCCCCGGCGCUAUGUGGCCAAUCUAGUCCGCCGGAGGGGGCAACUCCUCCACCGCGAACUUUGAGGAGAUGCAACGCGUGCCCAAUUUUAGGACUCGGAUACUUCGGAGGGCACCAGCACGCCGGCGCCCUUGUGCGCAAGUUCUUGGAAUUUUAUGCGUGAAGGGCUGGGGGGUGGGCCCUGCGCUCCACGUGUGAAGGAUGUGACGCAUCAGCCAAGUCACUUGAAACGAUAGCACAAGGCCCAGGCGCCGCGGCUCGGACACCCUACGCCCGAAGGAUGUGGACAGUUCGCCAGUCUUUGCUGAUGAAGGGCAAGGGCAUGGCGGUGACGCCGCUAGAGCCAGCGAGACACAUGCGGCGCCUCGCCCGCGCUUGGGUCUCAGGCCGGCGCUCCCUCGCCUCUUCUCAUCCCAGGAGCGUGCUGGGAUCCUUGCCUGGGGAGUACGUGGCUACAAGUUAUACCAACAUUACCUAGCCCGGCCUCCGCCAACGACGGCAGACCGGAGAAGAAGGCUGCUGGCCUGCUGUUGCUAGCGGGCGCGGCCAAGGACCUGGGGACAAAUCUGGCGGAUGAUUUGCUUAAUGGCUGGGGGCUGCCCACUCUGGGCCGCCGAGGAGAUAGACGAGGCACGUAUGAGGGGGGGGGACCUGGGAGGGCUCUGGCGUAUGUCUGUGCUGUGCAGGGUAGGAGUAGCCACACGGGGAAGGGGAGGCGAUCGCAGACGCCACACCUGAGAGGCGGCCACUGGCUUCGGCGUCGCCAUGGGUCUUCGCUGCCAGUGUGUGAGUGGGGGCGUAAGCGAUACGUCGGGCUGCGUGAUAUGAUCGGAGCAAGGUGCCCACGGGCUUGGGCUUUGGUGUUGAUUCUUGCACACGGGAAAAAGUAGAGCAGCUGCGGCAGCUCCUGGGGGGAAACCCGGAGCCAGCGCGCCGCGGCACCCCGCGCCGCAUAGGUAGAACAGCGCCGGGCAGGAUCUCAGUCGAGUCUGCCAGAAAGGCGCGCCUUUUGGAGUGGCGUCGCCUCUGUGUUUAUGUGUGCGAGGGUGAACUGCCUAGGUGCGUGAAGGAUAACGAAGGGCAUGGCUCGGGCUGGUCAUCUCAAUGUCCGCUGUAUCUGCAGGGGGCCUGGCGUUCUAGGAGGCUGGGGCCUCUGCGGAGAUUGGUGCGGGGUAUGAGAGAGCGGGCGCUUAGCUCUAUGAGGCGGCGGGGCUCGACGCCGGAUCACACGCGCGGGCUUCAGCAGGCACCCACAUGAAAAACGUCCUGACAGGGUCCAGCUGCUCGGUUUUGACAAUAAGGGGCAACAGUCUGGACCCCUGUAGUGCUAGCGUGCCUCGCUUGGGUAUCGUUUGCGCCUUGCCUCUUAUCAGUAUAAAAGGUGAGACAGCAGCAACAGUCAAGUAAGAACCACAGGGGCCACUCUUAUUGGCUUGCUUGGAGGUUACUUAUGGAUAUUGGCGUCUCUUCAGGUUGCAGAUCGAGUAGUGUAGGAAGCUUCUCAACAUAGGAACCGUUUUCCUCACAUUGAUUCUGGCCCCUUAGCGUGCGAAAUUACUCAGCAUGAUUACAACUCCAGGUCCUGAAAAUCGCACGUGGCGAAGCUGGCACGUAUCAUGCCAAAUCCCUAGAUGGCGUGGAUUUUAUCCCUGGGUGCAUUGGUCUCAACAUCAUCAAAAAUUCCGAUUACCUCAAUGUGGUUCUGCAGCUCAUGUGUGCGAUUAUCCCGCUGAGGAAUUUCUUGCUGUUGUACGAACCGCCACAGGUAAAGGCAAAUACGGUCGUUUCGAUUGAUUGCAAUGUAGUUUUGUUCGUAGUUUACGACAGCUUGUUGUAGUGUUCCUGCUUACUAGUACUCUCUUGUCCUUCAAAUCACCAUUAACUUCUCCAACGAACUGCUCGAAAUCCUCGUACACAACUCAACAACAUCUUCUCAACACAAAAAUCUCCUACUUUUCAAACAGAAACCGGAUCAGCUAGUCAAGAGUUUGGCUGAUUUAAUCAAGAAGCAAUAUAAUCCGAAGAAUUUUAAGGGCUUGGCUUCACCCCAUGAAGUGUUUCAGGCCAUAGGACGGGCAUCUAAUAAGAAAUUUUACGGAGCACAGCAUGAUCCGGUAGCGCUGAUUUCCUGGUUGUACCAGUAUUUGAGGAAGAAAUUGAAGAAUCAACUGCCGAUUGCGGACAUCCUAGAAGGCCAGAUCUUGGUGAAAGUAGCGAAACUAGAGGGCGACCGAAAGUGGACCGACUCAGUGCAUCCCAGUGUGUAUUACUUAGAAAUAUAUACUUUACAUACUUCAAGUUUGUAUUAGAAUCUUCCAUCCUCCCCUAGAUGAACAAACAGAAUCUUCAUUCAUUCCCAUUUUAUAAUAACAAAUAAUAUUUUGAAUUAUGUCCUCCUCCAUGUCCAAUACAACCAAUACAGCGUCGUCCAACUCGACCUUCCGGACGCACCUUUGUUCAAGGAUGAUUUUCAGAUUCCGCAAGUGAACCUUUUUUCCUUACUGGAAAAAUACAACGGAGAAAAAGCGCAUGAGUCGAUUGCCAAGUCUGGAGAGGCACGUCAAAUUCGAAAGUUUUCCCUCCGAAAGCUACCCCCCUACCUGAUCUUUCAGAUCAAGCGUUUCAAGCACAACGGUUACUUUGUGGAGAAGAAUCCGACAAUCGUGAAUUUCCCACUGAAAGACCUGGAUUUGAGGAAUUGUACUUUUUUUUUUCCAAAACAGACGUAACCGUGCCGCUUCUCUAUCAACUCAAGAAAUAAUGAUCAAGAAAUAUAUUAAUGACUAAGUCAAGAAAUUAAUAUAUUUUUCAACUUGCUCUAAUGACUAACUAAUGAAAGCACCUACAAUCUAAACAAUUCAUGAAAUACCUAACCCGUUGUGCAGGAUCCAUAGCCUCACCUAACCUAGCCAGUCAAUAUGUAGUUUAUGUACUUGUUGGUAUUCGAUUUCAAGAUGCAAGUCCGAAUGUCCUCGUGCUCGUGCUCCUAUAAUGACACAGAAUAUAAUGUGAAUUCAUCUUCGCGACUUUGUUCAAUCAACUUCUGAAAUUCGUCUAAUUUGUUUUCCUCAUUUCAUAAGUUGAUUUUUGAACAAAGUGCUGGUCCUCUAUUCAGACUGAAUAAGGAACAUCUUCACCCAAAUCAUCAGAUCUCCAGCCCGCUGCAGUCGCCUUGAAUCCGGAAACGCGGUAUAAUCUGGUUGCUUCCGUGACUCACGAAGGGAAGCCAAAGGGCGGUGCAUACAAAAUCCAUGUAUCGCAUAAAGCCUUGGAAAAAUGGCACGAGAUCCAAGAUUUGCGUGUUACAGAGGUGUUGCCGCAAGCUGUGGCGUUAGCGGAAGCUUACAUUUACGGUCAUUUUUAUUUGAACUAGUAGCAUUUCUGCUUCUAGUAGUAGUAGUAGUAGUACUAACACUAGAGUAGAAGUUAGAGAAACAAAGAAUUAUAAUUGUAAUUCGCACGACAUGUUCUACAUACUACAAUGAUGAUACUCUUUCAUCGAGAAUCAAUUCAACGCACUCUCUCAUACUGUAGCUUUCUGCUCAGAAGAGAACUCUUCAAGUAGUCUGAAAGUGAGUACGUGAUUGGUGAUUGUCCUCCAUUAUCUGCUCUAAUCUGUGCUGAUCUACCAACGCCUUGACGUAGAAGAUGAUGGUACGUAUGGCAACUUCAGUGCAGAGCAGUUGACUGCCGCACAAGACGCGGCUGACGGUGCCGCGAUGGGCAAGGACGAGCACUUGGAUGACUGUGUUGAUGACAUGGAGGCUAUGGGAAUUCAGAUUUCAUAG